UUAUCAUUCAGUCGUUUAUACACCGCGCCCAGUAUAAACGGUCCAUUGUUAACAAAUGAUAACGUGCAAUUUAAACAAAUUUUGUAAUUUGAAAAACUACUUUCUGUUUUCUGGACUGUAACAAAAAAUGUGCUACACAACAAUUGUGAAAAAUUGAAAAUGCUACUUUCGUGAUGACAUCAAAAAUUAUGGAGUUUAUCUCAUAUGUGGUUCACUAUUUUAUCCAUUUAAAUCGGGUGGAUAUUAGGUGAUGCUUGCAGUAAUUCAUGACAUCUAUCGCCACUUAAUCAAAAAUACUUUGGGCUCCUAUGAGCCUUAAAGCAAAAAAUAUGAAGUGUUAUAUUUUAAAAUUCUUUUGGUGGUAUCUAAUUUUGAUGACAUGGUACACUAUCGAAGCAUUUGAAUCGGAUGAGAAACGUGAUAAAACAUUUUUAUUUCGACAAAGAGUGCAUAAGUACCGAAAAAGUCACCAAGAAGUAAUUAAGAAUGGACGUAAACGACCCAAUAUUGUGUUGUUUUUAACUGACGAUCAAGAUGUCGAACUUGGAUCUUUGAAUUAUAUGGAAAAAACUCAAAAACUUUUACGGGAUGAAGGUGCAGAGUUUCGUCAUGCAUAUAGUACUACUCCAAUGUGUUGUCCAUCAAGAAGUUCAUUACUGACAGGACUUUAUACACAUAAUCAUGAGGUUUUUACUAAUAAUGAUAAUUGUAGUGGUCCAGUGUGGCAAAAUUUGCACGAAUCAAGAAGUUUUGCAACUUAUUUAACUAGAGAUGCUGGUUAUCACACUGGCUAUUUUGGAAAAUACUUGAAUAAGUAUAAUGGCAGUUAUGUACCUCCAGGUUGGCGCCAAUGGGGUGGUCUCAUUAUGAACUCAAAGUAUUAUAAUUAUUCCAUAAAUUUAAAUGGAAAAAAAAUUAGACAUGGAGAUAACUAUAACAAAGAUUACUAUCCAGAUUUAAUUACCAAUGAUUCUAUUAACUUUCUUAGACAUGUUAAACUGCAUCAUCCUCAACGUCCAUUCAUGUUAGUAAUGAGUUUCCCUUCACCACAUGGACCAGAAGAUUCAGCACCUCAAUAUUCUAAUAUGUUUUUCAAUGUAACAUCUCACCAUACUCCUUCAUAUGACUUUGCACCUAAUGCUGAUAAACAAUGGAUAUUACAAGUUACUGGCCAAAUGUUACCAAUACAUAGACAAUUUACAAAUUUAUUAAUGACUAAACGUCUACAAACUCUUCAAAGUGUAGAUGAUUCUGUAUCAAGAGUAUACAAAGAACUAAAAGAAAUGGGAGAACUAGACAGCACUUAUAUAAUAUAUACUUCUGAUCAUGGAUAUCAUUUAGGUCAAUUUGGACUUGUAAAAGGAAAAUCUUUUCCAUUUGAAUUUGAUAUUCGAGUGCCAAUGUUAGUUAGAGGACCUGGAAUUGAGCCUGGAAUAAAAGUGAAUGAAAUAGUUCUAAAUAUAGACUUGGCUCCCACUUUUUUGGAUAUUGCUGGUAUUGAACCUCCUGCUCAUAUGGAUGGUCGAUCUGCUUUUAAAUUAUUUCAUAAGCACAAAAAGGGGUACAGAAAAUUUAUUUCUAAUUGGCCUGAUACAUUUUUAAUUGAGAGUAGUGGACGGAGAGAACUUAGCAAGCAGAAGAACCUUCUAUCAAAUAAUUUAAAUGAUGAUGAAAUAAGAGUAGUACCUGGAAAUAAAGCCAACAAAAUGUUUGUUUUAUGUCAAAGACCAAACUAUCAAUCUCCAUGUAAACCUGGACAAAAAUGGUACUGCGUUCGAGAUGGAUUCCGUUGGAGAAAGCAUAAAUGUAAUACAAAAAAAAAAGGAAAUUUAUUUAAUGGAUUGCAAAAGUGUACAUGUUUUUCAGAAGAUGGAAAUUUAUACACUAAGCUGGAGAUUGACAAAAAAAAAAAAAAUUUAAAACCUUUAAACCACAAUGAUCAUCGAAUACGUAGAGAUUUAAUGACUGCAUUCAAUAGUAACAUGUCAAUGUAUAUUAAUGUUUAUCACAAAAAAAUCAAUGAUCUGAAAACUGCAAUUAAUGAUUCUUCUGAUGCUACUUGUAUGGUUUCAUCUGAAGGAAAUGUUAAGUGUACCAAUAUUGUUUAUAACAAUCCAACUGUGUGGAAACUCAGUCAAAAUCAUAUUCAAAAAGAAAUAUUAAAUUUACAAUCUAAAAUAGAUAAACUUAAAGAAUUACAAAGACAUUUGAAAAAUAAGCGGCCCCAGUUAAAUAUUGAUGAAGAGAAAGAAAUUGAAAAUAAAAAUGAUGAUAUUAAUGAAAAAGAUUCAAGUUUAAAUAUACUGUCAGAUUUUUUGCAACCGGAACAAAGUUCAGGGUUAUCUCAAUUAUACAAUUUAACUCACAUGGAUCCUGGUAGUAUUCUUGUAGAUGGAGUUGAACUUCAUAAAAUACGACAUAAUCAUAAUGAAAAAUUAAAAGUAAAAAAUUUGACUUCUCCAACUGAUGCAUGUUACUGUGUUCCAUUUAUGUUUAGUGAUAGUGAUCCAGUUUUAAAUAAAGAAAUUAAGAAACUAAUAAAAGCUGAUAAAAAAAAUAAAAAAAAAGGUCGGAAAUUCAGAAAAAAAAAUGCCAAGUUAGAUAAAGAAUGUAUGUUAGAAAAAAUGAAUUGUUUUAACCAUGAUAAUGAUCAUUGGAAAACAGCACCAUUUUGGACUGAAGGUCCAUUUUGUUUUUGUAUGAAUGCAAAUAAUAAUACUUAUUCAUGUCUCCGUACAAUAAAUUCAACCCAUAAUUAUCUGUACUGUGAAUUUGUCACUGGUCUAGUAUCAUUCUAUAAUUUGAAAAUAGAUCCUUUUCAACAGAGGAAUAGAGCUCAUACUUUAAGUUUAAAUGAAAAAGAGUGGCUUCACAAUUCACUUACUGAUAAAAUACGAUGCAAAGGUUCAAUACAAUGUGCUGUGAGUCCUAUUAAAAAGAAAAAAAAAGAUGAUAAUUUGUCAAUUACAGAUGAACCAAAAAAUAAAUUAAUUUCAAUAGAUCAACCUAAAGAUUCAGAUGUAGUACGAUACAGAUAAUAAAUUUGAUUAGAUCUAAUUUAAUAAUUCAGUAUUAUUUAUUUGUACAAAAUUAUUUAUUAAAAAGUUUUUAAAUGUAUUA